AUGUCUCAGAUUACGGUUAACGGAUCACGACUAUUGGAUAGGAAAUCAAAAUCAGACAACCUAGCGACUGAUGCUGUGCAGUCUCAGUACACUAGUGAUAAUCACAAUUACCGCAAACAAUAUGAACUAGCUAUUAAAUUAUAUCUCAAUCGAAACUUUGACAAAGCCUGGUUGCUGAUCGCCCCGAUCGUGGACAGUCUACCUGAAACAAACAAUGGUAGGACUGGGAUCGAAAAGCCGCUUCUCGUGAAAAUAUACAAACUGUAUCUGUCGCUAAUUGAUUUGAAACUUAAACGAGAGAUUGGAAACUCUCAAGAUCCCUUGAAUUCCAAAUACUCCAAACGGCUUCAGCGAGGGGAGUUAUUCAUUCAAAUUCGAAAUAUAUACCAUGACGAAUACGAUUGCAUAGAUCCUGAUUUAUUACUUCUGUGCUUCAUAGUCGAACUUUCAAACGGAUUUCCUUUGAUUGAACUGAGAGCCCAACUGGAAAUGUACCUGAAUUUCAAUGGUGUGUUCUCACACGAAAUGAAGCAAACAGUGAGGUCGCCAGGAAUGACAAGAAUUGCCGAGUUUUACCUUUUACAUAUUCUCCCAAAAUUUAAUGAUUUUAGGAAAUCUGAGAAGCUCAUAAGGCGGAUCUUUGCUGAAGACGAUUACCGAAAAGAUCACUGUCUUUCGAUACUGAAUGAAGUGGUAUUCACUAACAAGGCGGGCAUCAAAAAGGUAGCAUCAUCAACUGAGUUUGAUGAGGAAAGGCCCAAGGCUCGUAAGAAAAGACGUGGUAAAAGGAUUGAACAGCCUCUCGAUGAUGAAUCUCAUAUGACUGCAAAUGAGAGAAAUGUUAUAUAUCGAUUUUUGAAGAGUGCACUAUCGAUGCAUGGACAUGGGUUACGCAAUUUCAAGAGAGUGUUCAUCCGUGGAACCUUUCUAACGUUUAUUUUAGGUGUCAUUAUACUUUCCAGUCAGAAGUAUUCCCAGAUUAGAGGUCGAUUGUUAUGGCUUUUUAUCAAAGUCAAACAGACGCUGGGAAUGGCCCUGAAAAUCACUUAUCUUUAG